GUGUCGUGCGGCUGGAGAGAGUCAGUGACAGACAAAACAACACGCAGAAAGUUAUAACCUUCAGUAAAGAAGCAGCUGGAGAGGAUUCACCCUGAACCGUCACUGUCCUGAAGAGGAAUCUGCGCGCGGAGAGACUGUGGAGCUUCUGCUGUUCUAUUCCUGAAGCUGUAGAGAAGUGUGUGUGUGUGUGUGACAGAGAGAGAGAGACAGCUCUGCGUUAAGAGAACACAGACACACAGGGACAGAGAGAGAGAGACACCGGGAUAAACAUGGAGAACGGGGAGAGCCGGCUGAAGCAGGCCAGGGAGGACGUGGAUGAGGUGAAGAUCAUCAUGCUGGACAAUAUGAACAAGGCCCGGGAACGAGAGGGCAAGCUGGGCGAGCUGGAGAACAGAGCCGACGAGCUGGAGAAAAAGAGUAAAGUCUUCUGCAAGACAGCAGUGCAGGUGAAGCAGAAGAAGAGGUGGGAGAACAUGAAGUGGAAGCUGAUUGCAGCCGGUAUCUCUGCAGCUGUCAUCGUGAUCCUCAUCAUCGUCGUGGCUAUCAGCUUAAGCCCUGAAAGCGGUAGUGGCUCCACAUUAACCGCCACUGGAGACGAGGAGCCUCCGAGGGGCUGACGUCUGGUCGCGAAUCUCCAGGGCUUGAACUGUUUGUUAAUGCAGCUGUGAAAGUUCAGGAUGUCAGGAGGUGGAGGCUGGGGUUGGGAACUUGUCCAGUGUAUUUUUUUUUUGCGUGUUCAGAUAUUUGAGCUUGGUGAUGCAAUGAAAUGGUACUUAGUUGACGCCCCCUGCUGCUUUUGCCUCCGUUCCUUAAAAAAAAUAAAAAAAUACAGCGAAAUAAAAGUGUUUACACAUCGACUACGACCUCGUCUCCAUCUGCAGGACUGGACUGAUAGGAACCGUAAGCCAUUUCUGCUGUUCAAGCUCUGGAAAAGGUAGAUGUUUGUGAGACUGAAGAGUUAAGAGUGUGAAAUUCACGAUGAGGGAUGAUUUGGGUGGUUUAAUCGAGUUGCUGAUGCUAAAAGCAUCGGUCUUGUAGACCCCAUGUUUUCCAAAUGUUUGUGUCUUCCGUAAUCUUAUGCCAUAUUUAUGACAUGGAAACAAGUUUUCAACAAGUGCCUUUAAAUAUAUAUUUAAAAUAUAUAUUUCCCUUUUAUAAGCCUGCAGAGAAAACCCUUUAGAAAAAGCCACAGUAAUUAUCCAGCUUUUUUUGAGUCUGAAGAUUAAAUCAGUGUAGGUUUUUAUCAUUUUUGGACGAGCUCAUGAGCUUUUAAAGGUAGGCCUUGUUUCUUUUCUCCUCUGUGGAAGAAGCCAAAUUUCAGUUUUAAGGGGGAAAAAGGUAUUUUACUGCUUCUGGAUGCAGAAAAUCUCAGCCAGAGAUUUUGCCACCAAGAUGACGUCAGCUAAAGUCUUUAACAUCUAGCUAACAUCAACUUUAGUACCUAACACCAAGCCAACAACUGCUUGGGUAGUUGGUAUCCAUGUAGCAUCAGCCAGAGGAGAUACCAUCCGGCUAACAUCCGAUAGAGCCCCUAUCAUUUAGCUAACAUUAGCCAGAGUUGCUAACAUCUAGCCAACAUCGGCUGGAAAAUAAUAUAAAGUGUGGUAAACAGCAGCUAGAUAAGUCUUAACAUCCAGCUUACAUUAGACGGAGAAGUUAACAUCUAUUUAACACCAGCCACAUGAGAUAACAUCUAGUUUAUAUUAGCUUGAGUAUUACAGACCAAGCCAAGAACUGCUUGGCUAGUUUGUAUCCAGGUAGCAUCUGUCAGAGGAGAUACAAUCCGGCUAACAUCAGAUAGAGUACCUAACAUUCAGCUAAUAUUAGCCAGAGUUGCUAACAUCUAUCUAAUAUCAGCUGGAACGUCUAGAUAGCAGCCUCUAGAUAAGUUUAACAUCCAUCUUACAUCAGCUAGAGAAAUUAACAUCCAUCUAACAACAGCCAUAGGAGUAAACAUCUAGCUUACAUUAGCCAGAGUUGUUAGCAUCUAGCUUACAGCAGCUAGAAAAGUUUAACGUCCAGCUUACAUCAGCAAAAGAAGUUGCUGUUGAAGACAACAGGCAUCAGCCUGAAAGUUUAACAUCUAGCUAACAUUAGCCAGAGUUGUUAACAUCUAGCCAACAUCUGCUAGAGUGGUUAACAUCUAGCUAUCAUUAGCCAGAGUUGUUAACAUCUAGCUAACCAGCUGGAACAUCUAGAUACGUUUAACAUCCAGCUUACAUCAGCUAGAGAAGUAAACGUCUGUCUAACACCAGUCAGAGGGUUUAACAUCUAGCUAACAUUAGCAAGGGUUGUUAACAUCUAGAUAACAUCAGCUAGAGUAAUUAACCUCUAGUUAACAUCAGCUGGAACAUCUAGGUAACAGCAGCUAGAGAAGAUACCAUCCAACUAGACCAGUAAGCAUAACAUCCAGCUAGAGAACAUCUAAUCAAUAUCUGCGUAAUGUCUAGCUAACAUUAGCCACAGCUGUUAACAUCUAGUAGUAAAACCCUGGAGUAGUUAAAAUGCAGCUAACAUCAGCUACACAAGUCAAUGUCUUUCUUAUGUCAGCCAGAGAAGGUAUUAUUAGGAAAACAGCAGCUAGAGAAGCUGUUAGUGUCUAACGUUUAGCUAACGUUAGCCACAGUUGUUAAUCCUGGAGUAGUUAAAAUCCAGAUAGCAAAGGUAACAUCUUAAUAACAGAAGUUUACCAUUUAGUUAAAAAUCAGCUAAAAAAAAGUUUAUCAAACAUCUAGUUAACGUUAGCCAGAGUCGUUACUAUCUAGAUAACAUUCACCAGAACAUCUAGCUGAAAUCAGCUAAAUGAGUCGUAAUCCAGGUCACAUUUUUUUUACAGUAGUUAACAUCCAGCUAACAUCAGCUAGAGCAGUAGUCAGAAUAGUCAACGUCUAGCUGAUGUGAGAUAGAAAAGUUAACACUGUUAGCAAAAAAAAGUAAAUGUUACUUUAGAGUAAGUUAAUAAGUGGAUUCACAAUUUAUUUGAUGAGUCAAAGCACAACAUUUUGCAAAGCACAUUUUACGGUUCUAGGGAACCCUGGGUAAAUAUCUAAUGAAAGUAAAUAUCUACACUUUUACACAUUUAGUAAAUUUCUCAGAUUUUUCUGUUUUUUUUUUUUUUUUUUUUGAUAAUUCUGUGGUUGAGAUGUACACAGUGGAUCAGAGUGGAGGGUUCUGUGUGAAAUUUUGGUUUAUUGUAGAGAAGUUUAAUGAUAUGGUGAAUACAACCCUGUUCUCCACAACUACAACAUAAUUAUAUGCAUUUUAUUUACCGUCCAAACCCAGCAGUGAAGCUACCACCACCAUGGGCUGUGAGCUUUAUAUGGAAUGUUAAUGAUUGUAAAAUAUGGGUGAAUCUGAAUAAAAUAUAUUGUUUGUGGACUGUU